AUGAAGUUCUCUACAUUUGCCUCUACUGUCGUCGGUGCCGCUCUCUUCUUUGCCUCCAAGGUUGUCGCUGAUGUUGAUUACUUUGACUGGCCUGCCCCUAAUGCUGUCUUUCGCACUGGUACUUCCAUCCAAUUUGUAGUUGAUGAGAUGCCCGAUGGUGAUGAUGAUGAAAGAGUCUAUGCCAACUUGUACAGAGAGAACGGAAGCUUCGUCAAGACCAUUCGUAGCUGGAAUAGCGAUAAUGUUGAUGAUGAUGAAUUUGCUUUCACUUGGUAUGUUGACCGUAACUUGCGCAGUGGUCGCUACUUCGUUGAGAUCUUUGCCGAUGAUGAUGACGAUGACGAUGUCAGCAGAAGCUUCAUUUUCGAAAUUGCAUCUGGCGCCCCCACCACCUCUUCUCCAAGAUAUCCCACCACUAGCAAUAACAACAACAGACACAGAAGACCUUCAAUGAAAAACGGCCGUCAAGUCCAUAAGCCAUCUCGUGGCCCCAAGAGAAUGAGAAAUCGUCAUCACAAGCGUGCUGCUGGCACUUGUUAG